AUGUUAACAAACCGUCCAUCACGGUUGGUGCUCUCGUGCGCCAUACUGCUGGCAUGGAGCAUCACUGGAGCGUGCACGGACGAACCACUACCGAUUAACCUACCCGACAGGGCCACUCGUCAGCAACAGUGGUCUGUACGGGAUGCGUUCGAGUUAGCACAUGAACGCGAACAAGUGCUGGCAGCCCAAAAAUCAAUCGCAUCCUGGCGUAAAAGUUUAAACCAACACGGACGCACGAAGGAGAUCCCGCUGGGCAAAGAUCGCGACCAAGAAGAGGAUCGGCUGCAACCCCAGCGACGUCGCAAAAAGCGGGCCGAUCGAAACGAACUGUAUGCAAAAGAGCCACCGAUGGAGGGUGCCAAAAAUGAAACAUUGCCGAUGGAUAUUGAUCCGGACGAUGGCGACGAUUCGGACGCGUCCGUCGUGUGCUACGGACCACUCGGAUGUUUUCAUGAGACGGAUCAUCUGCCAGAGAUGUUGCCUUCCUCGCCGGCGGAGGUGGACACAAGAUUCCUAGUGUACACGACCACCCACAGGAGUGAAAAACCACUCAUCGAGUUCUCGUACGAGGAGCUGGUAGUAGCCGGUUUCGGUGCUGCUUACUGGGGCAAUGGCACCAACGAAACCGUAUCAAUCCCGGUGACGAGCGGGAUGUCUUCCUCGCUUCUAAAAACCUUCGGAGAUCUUAGUAAUCGUACGGUGCGCGUUAUUGUACAUGGCUUUGGCGCUAAUUGUGGUCUGGUCUGGAUCUACGAGAUGCGUACGGCUCUGAUGGCUGUGGAAAACUGUACCGUAAUCUGCGUAGAUUGGGAAAAUGGUGCUAAACUACCGAACUAUGUGCGUGCUGCGGCCAACACACGUCUGGUCGGUCGUCAAUUAGCGCUACUAUUGCGCUUGCUGCGCACGCACAACGGGUUGCGGCUGUCGCGCGUGCACCUUAUCGGUUUUAGCCUCGGUUCACACGUUGCUGGCUUUGCCGGAGCUGAGUUUGCUUCCGGCUCCAGUAUACCACCGCUGGAACCAAUCGUACCAUCCCCGGACGGUGCUAACGAUCUGGUACGUCGUUCUGCAAACGACGACACCACCACCGAGUCAACGACCGCCGAGCAAAUAGAUACGGAGCGUCCACCAAAUACAGCCGACUUGUGGCGGAUCACGGGUCUCGAUCCGGCUGGCCCACUAUUUGAAGCACAGCCACCGGAGGUACGGCUGGACGCGGGUGAUGCUCGGUACGUGGAUGUGAUCCACUCGAACGGAGAAAAUCUUAUACUCGGAGGGCUAGGAUCCUGGCAACCGAUGGGUACGGUUGACUACUACCCGAAUGGAGGGCGCGUGCAGCACGGCUGCACCAAUCUAUUUGUUGGCGCCGUCACGGAUAUCAUCUGGGCACCACCGACCACAGUUGAAGGUCGUUCGCUGUGCAACCACCGGCGGGCGUACAAGUUCUUCAUCGAUUCCGUUGCACCCCGAUGUCACUUUCCGGCGUUUCCCUGCGAAAGCUACGAUCAGUUUGCGGCCGGCAAAUGUUUCGACUGUGGAAGUAACGGGACUAGCACUGCCUGCGGCCAUAUGGGCUAUUAUGCGAGCAAUCGAGACAUCGGAGGGUUCGGCCAGCUGUAUCUACGCACACGCGACGAGGAACCGUACUGCGCGAACCAGUUUCGAUUGCGGUUGCGUAAUGCACCGGACGAGCUUCCACUCCGUACGGUGGGUCGCUUCGAGCUAACGCUCGAGGGUGGCGACACCGGGAACGGGAUCGAAGAUGGACCGGGCGGUGGAGCUCCGCUACUUACCUUCAACGAGACAUUCCAUCUGGAUGAGGCCCGAGAGGACCGUGAGUUUCAUGCGGGACAGUGGUUGACCACAAUCCUCGUACCGCAUCCAGCGCUCGGUCAUCGACCACGGGCCCUCACCAUCACCUACCGCCCAUACCGUGGUGGUUGGUGGCAACGGUCCAGCGUUGGCAAGCAACUCUGGCGCAUCGGUCCAAUUCUGCUGACAGCGGACGACCAGCGUACGUACGGUUCGUGCGCCACACUCACACUACAGGCCGAUGUUCCAGUGCGCAUCGAACUUCAAUCAAUACUAUUACACGCAAACGACCAGGGCGAGGAUGAGGACGGUACGGAAUGUCGGACGGCGGAAGAGCUGAACCAGCUGUCAGGCACUGCUGGUCCACCAGCGCCACCGAAAAGCUCCAUUGACGAGAUAGUUGGUCCGAAACAUCUGGGCGGGCACGAUCACUUCUCCUGGACGCCGGUUGCGAUCAGUAUCCCGCGCCAUUCCUCUCAACCGCUGCACGUCAACGAAAAGCGAUCCUUCUCCGACUCACUGCCGGCGGGUGAAUCGGGAGUUGCAGAGCCGCCCCACCUAGCACCCACCGCCCAAACCGUGCAACUGUUCCCUUCGCGGCUUGUGUCGUUCUUCGAGCGAGCGGAACGAUAUGCACGACGUACAUGGGACGCACUGUUUAGCGGCAAUACUAGUGACGCAACCGUGCCGAACAAAAUGGCGCCUCAAGAUGGCGACGAGACAACGAUAACGAGCGUCGUCGAUCUGUUGCUAGCACCCACCCGUUCGGAAGGGAGCGAGCCACCAGUUAAUUCGAUCAAUCCUACCACCACCACAUCUACAAGCAACACCAAACCCAUUUCAACACAUGCACCACUUACCUCACCCGCCAAAACUGAAUCCAGCUCCAGAGAGAUACGAAUCGCACUGCCUACCUUUCGGCCACUAACACGACAGGCGGACGGUUCUGUUGGAAGUGGCCGGCAGCACUACACCCGUUUUAUACCGCUCGUAUACGAAGAGAGUAAACCGGACGAUGCGGCCAGCACGGUUGGCACAGGACGUAAGAUGGUAUCCCGGGCUCGAUAA